AUGAAGCUCCUCCUCAUUCUUCCUGCGCUCACCGCCAGCGUGUACGCUUCCCUUGCUCAGAAUGAGCUUCUAGGUCGUGCAAUCGACCCUGCAAACAUGAACCCCACUCAACUCUCCGUUCUCUCUGUCCUCAAGACGGCGCUGGCUAGUGUUUCGCUGCCAUCCACGCCCCUUCCCUCCGACGCCCCGGAGCCAGAAUGGUUCGCCAAGCUCCCCAAGGAUGUCAAGAGUCUCUUGCCUGAAUUCUAUCCCGCUACUCCUGUCGUCUCGGUGGCCGCAGUCGAUGCUACGCCUACUGCCGAGUUCACAGCCCUCAGUGUGAGUACCACUAGUCAAGCAGCAUCAGCGAGUGCCACGGCGACCGAGGCGAUGGAUGGCGAGUCGAGCCCGAGUACCGUCUCACUGGUAUCGGUCAUAGACAACAAUGCCACAUCUGUAUCGGGCACGUUGGCGGUUUCGGAGAUCACGAUCACUAAGUCGCUGCAGCAUGCUCCUAGCAUUACUGGAACGGGCUCGCUUUUUCCGUCCGUCAAUGGUACUCUUACUACCGGUGCGCCUUCUGCUUCGGCUACCACGUCGGCUGUCUCGGGCGGCGUUAGAAAUACGGUUGGGACGGAGGCGUUGGCCGCAGUCAUGUGGUUUGCGGUUGGUGCUGGAUUUUGUCUAUUUGCUUAG